CUCGUCUUAGUGGAGCUGAUUCUCCCCGAAAGAUCUUUGGGCGCUGGGGUGUCGGCAAAGACUCAAGAAAGGGGUGCGGGCGAUGAUGAAAUCCCACCUUCGCGGACAUGCCCUAGUGGCUGGAAGGCAUAUUUGUCAGCACCAGCCAAGAAGUAUAUGUACACGAAGCUCGAGACGGGCGUAUCCCAACGGAACUUUCCCACUUCCGGCGAGCCUCCCAGCACAGAGAUACCUACUCGCAUCCAUCAGGAGAUGAUGUCGAGCAAGGCCGCAUCCAGCAAUGGUGCACAAGGCCCCCGGCAGGCUAUGAGUCGCGAUGACCUCGAAUCCCGGAGUUCUUUUCUUCUUGACGAUAUCCCUCACAUUGUUGCUGCCGAGCAGACGAGAGAAAACGUGAGCGACUCAACCAACCUGUCUAAGUCUACAGGUGAUGACCAGCUACAGCCCACUAGUAACGCAGCUGAGAGUUCGGACAACGCAAGAGGCAGCAACGAUCCCAUUUUCGCAACCACGAGAAUGGACCCUGUGACAAGGCGCUUAGAGCUCUCACACGAUGAUUUGCGGUCUCCCGAUGAACUCCCACAGAUUGUAGUGUCACUGUCGGAGAGCGCACCACAGCCCCGCGAGGGAGCGGAAAAGAAGAAGAAAAAGAGGGGCAGCUUUUUGGAUAAGUUAAGGGAGAGGAGUGAUGGUUCAUCUACUAACCAUCGAGGUGGGCUUCGCUCUGGCCCGAUGCAGGGAGAACGACCGAAGAGCUUGCCUUGGGCGGUUGCGCGUAGAUCUUGCUAGUCGCAGGAUCAACUCCCGCAGAGUCACUACGCCGAAUCUUCCAGAAACGGAAGUGCAUAACCCGGGCGGUGAAGACGACUAGAAGUCCGCUAAGGAGUUCAAAGGCGCUCGUGCUUGCACUGCUUGGCCACACCAGAAUCCAUGCUGUCGGACCUCCUGUGUGGACCGGUCUAGGCUGUUUUGGCAUCGCAGCUUAGGAACUCCGCCACAGGAGACUCUGGAGGGCUCCGGACCGCAGCCCCGGUCUCGUGAGGUCCCGGAGAAGGAAGAGGCUAC